AACUAUGUGUGAUAAAAUUAAGGAAAUGCAGGCAGAAUUCGUAAAAGCAGACAAGGAUAAUUCUGGAACCCUGUCAGUAGACGAAAUAAUGGAAGCACUUAAAAAGGCAAAAAUUGAAAAGACCAGAGCUGAGGUUGAGGCAAUAGUGAAACAUUUGGAUUUUAAUAAAGAUGGACAAGUAUCCUGGCCAGAGUUUCUUAAGUAUUUACAGACGAGCUGUCCUGGAAAGUAAAACCCAACAUUGCAAUAGGCAGUCAUCUACAGACCAGUUGUGACAAAUGAGCAGGAUGAAUGCAACUUUUAUUUACCAAAUACAUACAAACAUGUGAAACUUAUAUUUAAAUACUCAUAUAAUGUAAUAAAAUAAAACAAAGUUACUACAAUUA